GUGAGAAGGUUUCGCUCUCGUGUUGGUUUGGAAAUAAGUGAACACCAAAUUAUUCUUCAUCACCGAUUGGAACGCCUUCAUCGACACCGCUUCAGAACCAACACGAGAGGAAAAGACGGCUCGAAAAAGAGCAGUGAAGUCAAAGCUGCAGAUAAAGAAAAUGACGGUACUUGCUCAAGCUCACUUACUACCCAAGGGACUGACUAGGAAAAUUGAGGAGGGGGCCCUUGAAAGCCAAGCUUAGAAGGUUGUUCAAAGCGAAGGAAACUAUUCACAAGCCACUAGGGAACCCUCUUCCUUUCAUUUCCUUGGGUAGACAUUCUCAAAUCGAAGGAUGAUCCAAUCGAAGAUUUCCAAAUGGGUUUUCAAAAUCCUAUACGCGCUUUCAAAAUGAGCGCAGAAGGUGUAAAACCAAGAAGGGAGGAUAUGAAUUCCAAAUUCAAUACUGCUGACAUUGGUCAACUUGCUUUCCGUCCUCGCCCGUUACGCCACCUUUCUCCGAUCAAGAUAAAAACAAGCCAACAACUUCCUUCAUUCAAAAAAAUACUUGCACAAGAGGACUGCUUUUUCAUUUUAUUGUGAUCAUCGCCGACAUAUAUCCUCGCAUGCGUCACAGCUAUAUCAAUCACCAAAAGGAGAAUGGAAAUGAGACUUGUCGGAUCUACACGCAUCAAAGAAUUCAAUGUUUGAUGCAAGUUAUGAGCUACACGACUUUGCUUACUACGGAUAAGUCCGUAGAAAAAUCCAGGUCAAAUUUGACACUGGUCAAUCAUCACGUACCUUUACAAGAUUGCGAGAAUCUUUAGAGAAGAGCAAGUUUGGGGCAAAAAGCAUUGGGACGAGCAAUAUCCACUCAAACAAUGGAGUGCCAAUUCAAGCAACAAGGGACAUACUAUGAGGACCUUCUCAAUCCACAUGCA